CCUCCGCUGCUCUUUUUCUGCUUAAAUACCCCCGUCUGCCUCUUCCUCUUCCUCUUCUCUGUCUUCUCUUCACUGUCUUCACCUGCCUCUAUCCUCUGUUUCUAAUAAUAUCAAACACAUGGUUGCUCCCUCCCUCACCUCCCCCUCGGACCUGUCCCCCUCGGACCUGGCCCCGCCCUCCCCGGCUCCCGCCGCCGCCGAGCUCCCUAUGGCCUUCCAGCAGUUCGCCCUCACCAGCAAAGUCGCCGUUGUCACCGGCGGCGCCCAGGGCCUCGGCUUUGCCAUGGCCUCCUCUCUCUGCUCUGCCGGCCUCGCCGGCAUUGCCAUCAUCGACAUCAACCCUCUCGUAGGAGAGCCCGCCGCUUGCUCGCUCACCAAGCAGUUUGGCACAAACGCGAAAUUCUACCGCGUCGAUGUGACUGACGAGCUUGCGAUGAAAUCUGCAUUUGCUACCAUCAACGAAGAGCUCGGCGGUAUCGACGUCGUCGUCUGCAGCGCUGGCGUUGUAGACAACUACAAUGCCGAAGACUACCCUUACGCCAAGUUCCAAAGACUAAUGAACAUCAACCUCGGCGGAUCUUUCCUUGCCGCCCAAUCCGCAUUCCCAUACAUGAAAGCCCGCGGCGGUGGCUCCAUCAUCUUCAUCGGCUCCAUGUCGGGCCACAUCGUCAACUUCCCCCAGCCUCAGAUCGCAUACAACGCCUCCAAGGCCGGCGUCAUCCACAUGAUGAAGUCCUUCGCCGUCGAGUGGGCAAAGUACAAGAUCCGCUGCAACUCCAUCUCCCCCGGAUACAUGCACACCGGUCUCAUCGAGUCCUUCGACCAGAACUGGGUCAACACAUGGAAGUCCAUGACCCCCAUGGCUCGUAUGGGCGAGCCCCACGAGCUCCAGGGCGUCGCGCUCUGGCUCGCUAGUAACGCGAGCUCGUUCGUCACCGGCACAGAUGUCGCUGUCGAUGGUGGAUACACUGCCAUGUAAUGACCAUGGCCGAUAAAAUAAUGCUCCUGAUGUAUAGAGUAUCUUAUAUUUAUAAAUGCGUUGGAUUGGUUGGGUUGGCGUUGUGUUUCUGUUUUUGUUCAUGCUUUUGUUUUGUCUGCAUCGUUUGCAAUUACGGUUGUGUAAUACUUAAUAUCUAAUAAGAAUAUCAAAUAAUCUAUCAUAAUAAGCGCAUCUGUAAUAUUGUAAACUGGACUCGAGUUGAGGGU